GUUCGGCUUAGGUUUGGGCGCUUGGACGCAUCAUGCCUUGAAUGUUGUCCUUCAGCUUCAUCAAUCAACUGAUGGUCUCACAUCUAUCCCGGCGUAUCAUCAUGGCUGUUCAAUCAAUCAUCAUCCAUCCAUCCAUCUAUUCGACAUCUAGUGCACAGCCGACACUUCCUCGUGUUGUGUCCGGGAAUUUGCGUCGCCACUUCCUCGGUGCUUUUGGGCGUUGCGCGGGCCUGUGGUGGGCGGUCAUUCCAUUCGGCGGUUCUGUUUCGACAACAGCGAGAAGCGACGCAUUGGCGGUUGCUCACCUACCUCUGGAGCACACAUCGAUCUCCCGCCCAUUAUCGAUUUAUGGCAUCGGCCUCGGCGCAAACUGGACCAACUUCCAACUUCCCGCUUCGAGGCCUCCCUUCCUCGGCUCUUGAUUUCGUUUCUCAUGGCGGCUACUUUCAGUGGACUUCAUCUAACCAACCGCAACUGCUGCACCGCAAUCCAGCUGAAUAGCUUCUCGACAUUUGGUCACCGCAACUUCCACAUGGCGCUUGCAACUUCGCCUGCAACACAUCCGACACUGCCAGGACUUCAGCACACUCUGCUGCCUGUUUAGCGGAUGACUGCGAAACCGACCGGGUUUCGCUUUCUUGCUUCGGGUACCGAAUUUUGCCAAACCAUUCCGCCACAUCCCCAAAACCAGGAGUUACAAAAGCACCGACAUAAAACAGCAUUCACAGUUCCAGGUUCAGCGCGCAGACAGAAAGGGGAAAAGGACUGACUCGCAGGCAUGCUACCGGCACACCUCAAAUGGACGCAAAAAGGUGGUGCAGCGACAUGAGCAAUCAAACACAGUUGGCAGAGCAAAGUUCUCGUCAUUGAUGGGAUGGCGCGGCACGCAUUUGCACGCGUUGGACUUGAUCACGACACAACAAAAAGCCUGCUUUUUAAAGCAACGAGAUUCAAAGCCAGGAGGGACGGGAUCAUCACGGGCAAAACAAAAGCGAUACAAAGCGAGCCUCGUAAGCGUCACCAAAGGUAAGCGCGCCCUCCCUCUUUCGCCCGCUUUGACAUGUUUUAUCAGGCUGCGAGUCCUGUCGGAUGCCGUGUCGAGCCUUGUACCGGUACCUGUGUCAAAAUUUGGCGGGUCUGGAUUGGCUCGUUGCCGUGGAUAGUGCCUCACAUCCCUGUCAGAUUGCGUUUUCAGACCACGAGCCUCGUUUAUGACUCAUAACGUGUGCCCGGCCCCAGCGAUUUUCAUGGAAAAUCACCAAAAAAAAACUCGUUUCCCUUCCGAACUCGCAAAUUUUUCUUUCGGCUUCUCUUCCUUUUCUUCCCCCCUUUGCGACUCCCAGGUCACGCCAUGCCCGUAUUUGCCUCGGAUGUCGGGUACCACGGACACCGAAGUUCAGUCGUGUCGUGUCAACAGUCGUUACUGUUUGUUACAAACGCCUUGCAUUGAAACCUGUUGCACCUACAAUCUCUUUUUUUUUUCCCGGCCGUUUGUGGUGAUGUGCUUGUUGGAAGGAAACAAAAGCGAAAAAAAAAACAAAUCAAGGUGGGAAGUAAGCCGGGUGUAGGCAAGUUUGUGCAAAUGGUAUUGCCAAGUAA